AAGAAUAAAUAUACAGAAAGGGUGCUCUGUGCUCAUUAGAAUGUAUAAUUUAAAAAGUAGGAGGAAGUGUCACUUUCUUAAUCAGAGCUCCAACCGACAAGAAGUCCAGAAGAUUUAUAAAUGGCACACAGCCUCUCCAAUUCUCUCACAACCCAACCAACCCACCACCCAAAGAGAAACAGACAGAGCAUGGCUUCGGUGGAGAUAGCCGUCGUUGUGCUCAUGGCCAUGGCCGUGGUCCACGUGUCCAAUGCAGCUGUGUACAAGGUUGGGGACUCCGCAGGUUGGACCACCAUCGGCAAUGUCGACUACAAGCAGUGGGCUGCUCCUAAGAACUUUCAACUUGGUGACGUUAUCCGUUUUGAGUACAAUGCCCAAUUUCACAAUGUGAUGCGAGUAACGCAUGCGAUGUACAAGUCAUGUAAUACGUCAAAGCCACUGGCCACCUAUACCUCCGGAAAUGACUCCAUUACUAUCAUUGCUCGUGGCCACCACUUCUUUUUCUGUGGCGUCCCCGGCCACUGUCAGUCUGGUCAAAAGGUUGACAUUAAUGUGCUUCGCAAUCUUUCAACAGCUCCAACUCCAUCCGCCUUGGUCUCCCCUUUGGUCCCUGCCACCACCGUACCUGCUCCUUCUCCGAACAAGGGGGCUGCAUUGAACGAUUUGAAGGGCUGUGGUGGUUCUGCUAUGCUCCAGUUGGCUAUGACAGUUGUUGCACUUUUAGUUUCAGCCGCUUAAGCAAGAGUUUUUUGGUUAAAAUUUUGUGGGAUUUUUGGGAGUUUCUUUGUGUUGGGACUUAUGGGUAAUAUAUAGAAUGUGUUAGCAUUGCGAAAUUCUUUGAUUAGAUCCCAUACCAACAUGUAUUUUAAAUUUACAAAAUAAUUCAAUAAUCAUAUUCAGUCAUGAUUGUGGACAUUAGAUACUAAUAAAUGCAGAGAAAAUGGA